AGGCAGGCAAGCAAGCAAGCAAGCAACCAGGAUUGCGACUCCAGAGAAGAAGAACACGCGCAGCCGGACGUGAGCGUCAGCAGCAGCAGCAGCAGCAGCAAGGAGCGGGAGUUGGAAUAGCACCACCACUACCAUAAUCAUCAUCGGCAGCGAAAGGACGAGGAAUGUAAAAGCAAUAUUCUUCAUGGCACUUUGAGGGGCUGUUCGCUCGGAAGGAGAACCGCCGCCGCAGGCCGACAAGCUGCCUCGUUCCUCUUCCAACGCUUGGGAAAGGCUGCUCGCAUCGAGCUGGAGGUAGCCCCGCAAUUUAGCCGCUCCCCCCCCCGCCCGCUAGAUUCCCAAACAUAGGAUAACUCCUCGCCGCCGUCUCCGUUGCGAAGCGCAGAGGAUCAAGGUAAAGUACCUCCCCUCCUCCUCCUCCCCCUCCGCACCGCUACCACCACCUUCGCCCCCCAGUGGAGCUAACGGCGGCUUGUCAGGACUCGGGACGGCGCGUCCAGCCUGGGCUUGAGUCGCCCCCCCCCUCCCCACACCCUCCGUCAGUGUGUCAGCUAUCGCUAGCAGCAUUAGCUCCGCUUCGGUUUUUACGUCUGGGAUGAUGGGUGACCGUCCGAACCCGCCCAGGGCUAUGUCCUCGGCAGCCACCACGCCCCCAUCCGUGGACAAAGUGGACGGAUUUUCCCGCAAGUCUGUCAGGAAGGCCAAGCAGAAGCGCUCGCAGAGCUCGUCCCAGUUCCGCUCUCAGGGCAAACCCAUCGAGCUCACGCCGUUGCCGCUGCUCAAAGACGUGCCGGCCCCGGAGCAGCCAGAGCUGUUCCUGAAGAAGCUGCAGCAGUGCUGCACCGUCUUUGACUUCAUGGACACGCUGUCGGACCUGAAAAUGAAGGAGUACAAGCGCUCCACGCUCAACGAGCUGGUGGACUACGUCACCGUCAGCCGCGGCUACCUGACGGAGCAGGCCUACCCCGAAGUGGUCAAAAUGGUGUCUCACAACAUUUUCCGGACCCUCCCGCCGAGCGACAGUAACGAGUUUGACCCCGAAGAGGACGAGCCCACGCUGGAGGCGUCCUGGCCUCACUUACAGUUGGUGUACGAGUUCUUCAUUCGCUUCCUGGAAAGUCAGGAGUUCCAGCCCAGCAUUGCCAAAAAGUACAUAGACCAGAAGUUUGUCCUGCAGCUCCUGGAGCUGUUCGACAGCGAGGACCCUCGGGAGCGAGACUACCUGAAGACGGUUCUGCAUAGAAUCUACGGCAAAUUCCUGGGACUGAGGGCUUUUAUACGAAAACAGAUCAAUAAUAUUUUUCUACGUUUUGUUUAUGAGACGGAGCACUUCAACGGGGUGGCGGAAUUGCUGGAGAUCCUGGGCAGUAUAAUCAAUGGUUUCGCCCUGCCGCUGAAGGCGGAGCAUAAACAGUUUCUGGUCAAAGUGUUGAUCCCGCUCCACACGGUCCGCAGCCUGUCGCUCUUCCACGCGCAGUUGGCGUAUUGCAUUGUACAGUUCCUAGAGAAAGACCCCACAUUAACGGAACCGGUCAUCCGAGGAUUAUUGAAGUUCUGGCCCAAAACUUGCAGUCAAAAAGAGGUGAUGUUUCUGGGCGAGCUGGAGGAGAUCCUGGACGUGAUCGAGCCCACCCAGUUCGUCAAGAUCCAGGAGCCGCUCUUCAAACAGAUUUCCAGAUGCGUGUCCAGCCCGCACUUCCAGGUGGCCGAGCGGGCGCUCUACUACUGGAACAACGAGUACAUCAUGAGCCUGAUUGAGGAGAACUCCAGCGUCAUCCUGCCCAUCAUGUUUGCCAGCCUCUACCGCAUCUCCAAAGAGCACUGGAACCCGGCUAUCGUGGCGCUGGUGUACAACGUGCUGAAGGCCUUCAUGGAGAUGAACAGUACUUUGUUCGACGAACUCACCGCCACGUACAAGUCAGACCGCCAGCGGGAGAAGAAGAAGGAGAAGGAGCGCGAGGAGCUGUGGAAGAAGCUGGAGGACUUGGAGCUCAAGCGAGGCCUACGGAGCGACGGCAUCAUCCCCACUUAACACUCCACACGAUACCCCGCGCCCUCACAUCGGCUGUAUCCCCCCAAAC